UACACGAACACCAUCGAUAUCUCACUUUAAAAGUUACCUACAUGGUGACGCUCAUAAACCCGAGCAGCCAGUCUGCAGUGCUGUGACUGAGCGGAGGAGCUGGAGAUACAUUAGAAACGUGUCAGAGAUAAAGGACUGCUGAAGCUCUGUCUCCUGAGCUGAGUGAGGAGAGAGAGCGAGCUGGUUUCCGUGUUGAAGAGGUUCAGAUGUAGCUAAAGGGGAAAUAACUUCAAACUGAGGAAGUGUCUCAAUAUGGGAAAAACCCACACUCACACACUUAAACACACACACACUCUGCCAUCAUAAACUCGCUCCUCGGUGAAUGUGUGUGUGGCUUUAGUCCGCGUAUUGUUAAAGAAGCUGGUUUUAAUUAGAGGUUGAGGGAGUCCUGAGGUCCAGUAUGAGCAGCAGCGCUGUAACAGCUGAUACCUUCAUCAGGAAGCUCAGUCGCUCCACUCUCAGGACCCUCUCAGACUUCCUGGACCCUCAGGACGCGUGGAGAACUGUUCUGAUGGACAUACAGAAACCGACAGGAGAACCUAGAUACACUCAGCUGCACCUCAGGAGGUUUGAAAGGCUGUUGGCUCAGGGUAAAAGUCCCACAGUAGAGCUGUUGUAUGACUGGGGGACCACAAACAGCACAGUUGGAGAACUGGUUGAUAUUCUUGUCAGAAACAAGCUGUUUGCUCCUGCUAGAGUCCUUCUGCCAGAUAUAGCUGCAACACCUGCUCCAACACCUGUCACAAAUCAGAGGGCAGAGAGAGAUCCUCCCAUUCAGUACCACCGGGAGGAGACUAAGCUCCUCAGACUCGCAGCAGAAGAAGCACAUCACACCCCACCUGACAGCACCACACAACCAGAGGAGAACCAGGAGCCUGAUGAAGAAGGAUUCUACACUUUUACAUAUCAAGAGCUGACGGUGAUCACAGAAAGCUGGGAUGAAAGGCCAGUUUCGGAUGGAGGCAGGAGACUCGGGGAGGGAGGCUUUGGAGUUGUGUUCAAAGGCAUCCUCAGCACCACACCUGUAGCAGUGAAGAAACUCAAUUUAGAAGAUGAAUUAGAGCUGAAAGCUCAGUUCAAACAAGAGAUUCAGACACUGAAGAGGUUAAAACAUGUAAAUCUGGUGAAUAUGGUGGGUUAUUCCAGUGACGGCCAGCACCCAUGUUUAGUCUAUGCUUACAUGUCAAAUGGUUCAUUGCUGGAUCGACUAGCAUGUGAGGGGGGAAGUGAUCCUCUCUUCUGGAAGUUGAGGUGUUCAAUAGCAUUGGGCACAGCAAGAGGACUGGAAUACCUUCACCAACACAACCACAUACAUCGAGAUGUGAAAAGUGGCAAUAUUUUGUUGGACGAUUCCUUCGUUUCGAAGAUUUCAGAUUUUGGGUUAACCCGAGCCUCAGCUAAACAUUCCUGCACAACAGUAAUUACAGAGAGGAUUGUGGGUACGACAGCUUACAUGGCACCUGAGGCACUGCGAGGAGAGAUCACUCCCAAAUCAGAUGUGUUCAGCUUUGGAGUGGUGCUGCUGGAAAUAUUAUCUGGACUUCCGCCAGUUGAUGAAAACCGGGACCCAAAGCUUCUGAUAGAGAUGAAGGAUGAAAUUGAGGAUGAAGAGAUCAUGCUGCAGGAGUUUGUAGAUAAGAAAAUGGAAGACUGGGACAUGGAGUCUAUAGAGAAGAUGUACGGGGUGGCAAGUCAGUGCCUAAAUGAAAGGAAGAACAGGAGGCCUCUGCUGAAGGAGGUGACUGCUGAGCUGGAGGAUCUCUCUCAUUGAGACCUGAUGAGCUAAACUAAGACAAACAUUUGUAAAAAUGAAUGCUUGAAUAGAUUUUAAAUGUAAACUUUUAAUACUGUAAAUAUUUAUGUAUAUUAAAAUAGCUUAUAUCUGUAGUAAAAUUCUGCAACAUAUUAAAGAAUUUUAUAGCAA